UUAUGUUGUUGAUGCUGCUGAUCAUGACAACAUCAACAUCUCAAGAAGUGAACUCCAUGAUUUGCUGAGCAAACCAUCGCUGAGCGGUAUUCCUUUGCUGGUGUUAGGCAAUAAGAUUGACAAGCCGGGAGCUCUGUCUAAGGAGGCUUUGACUGAACAGAUGGGGCUCAAAUCCAUCACUGAUAGAGAGGUAUGCUGCUUGAUGAUCUCAUGUAAAAACUCAACCAAUAUCGACUCAGUGAUUGAUUGGCUUGUCAAGCAUUCCAAAUCAAAGAGCUGAGGGGGAAAGAAGGCUCCUACCUUGUAUUUUGGAUCUGUACUCUUUGCCAAAAUUUCAGUACAGCAGAUCUUUUUUGCUUGUGGUUGGUGAGAUUUGUUUGACUUGGUUGCUAAUUGUCAUCUUAGUGUUGCCUUCAUCUCUCCGAGUUGCUGUGUAUUGUAUAUCAAGUCAUUUGUCUAUCGGAUAGCAUUUAUCAGAGUUUUCCUGUUUUGAAUGUGUGUGCGCGCGCGCGCUAACAUGCAAGUGAAUCUGGUGGUGAGGAAGGUUAUGAGUACCAUCUCUAAUUUGCAGCCUCAAAAGUAGAAUUGAAACACUUUUUAACUCAUUGUAUAUGCGGGCUUGAAAAAGAUAUGCUUUUACAUGUUCCUUUUUGUGCAAUCAUGUACUGUAAUGCCAGAGAACUAGUUCAAAUAUUUAAAGUGAUUCCUUCA